AUGGCUAAAGACCAAGAGAAGGUUUACAUGCUUUUGGAACUAGAAAGGAUCCGGCAGCUGAAUAUCCCGCACGUGUAUGCAUUUCCUACUGGAACUCUGGAAUUCACAUGUGCAAUGUUCCGAGGCUCGGACCAUACUGUCUUCAAGCUAAUAAAAUCAGACAUUUAUGAGAAGUGGAGUGUCCUAAUCGAUGGGGAAUGUAGUGAGGAAAUGAACAAGAUGUCUGGCUCAUGCGAUGCACAUAUAACACUAGAAACAACUGUACAGACACUAAGCAGAUGCCAUAAUACCAGUCUCUUUGGAAAGUCUAAAAACAUCUUUCCAUUUAUUUCCGAAGGUUUUCCAAACAGAGAGAAAAAUAUUACAGCGCUUUUGCUCUUUGUUAAAAAUAGAUGUUCCAAGACAAAUGGUUGUGGAGAGAAGAUGGCUAUUCAGAUAAAAGAGUAG